AUGCAGCCAUCAGCAGCAGCCUCGUUCUUCCCCACCGCAACCGAACUCUCUAGCGGCGUCCAGUGGUUCAAAGACCACCCCGUGCUGGCCGCUGCUGCCGCCACGGCCGUGUCAGUCAUCACGUACCUUAACACCCUCCAAGUAGCGGACCCGGACGUCCCCCUCGUCAACGAAGACGUCGCUGCACACCCAACGGCAACCGCGAGCUCAUUUAGCACGCGACAGAAGCGGCUCGCGCUUGUCCGACGCACGGGAGCAGUCGGGAGCGAUGGCAGCAAACUCUCUGCCGCCGUGAGCUGGUGCGACGAGCACGGCGGGAGUUUGACGCAGGUGUUUGAGGACGACACCCCGUCGUCGGUAGUUGCUUGCCUUGAGAGGCGCUUAGAAGCUGGUGACAGAGAUAGUGAGAGUGAUGGUCAGGACGACGCAGCAGUCGCGCUUGUUGAGGGACGACACAAGGGUGGGACGACGCAGCUGGUGGACGCUGGAACAGCGGUGACAAACGAGUCGGACGUGGACGCAGAGCAGACGGAGAGUCCUCAGUGGGGAUGGUACGUCCCCAUUACACCACCUCAAGAUCAGUUCCACCCGGGAGCUGAACGCAAUGUGCAGGAGCGAGCGCCGUCUCCACUAGUGAAACAGUCUACGAGUGCAGACGUCCGGGCGAUGCGACGCACCACGUCUGGGCAUCUCUCGUAG